UCGUCCGCUGGACCUGCCGCCCCGCUCCUUCGUGGCUCGUCCCGGGCGAUGCCUUCGCUCGGGGCCUGGCUGGCCCUCGGCUGCCUGCGCUUGUGCCUGGGUGUGACCCUCCAGCCCCAGCUGGCCAGUGUGACCUUUGCCACCAACAACCCCACCCUGAGCACUGUGGCCCUGGAGAAACCGCUCUGCAUGUUUGACAGCACAGAGGCCCUCAACGGCACCUAUGAAAUCUACCUCUACGUCCUGCUCGACUCGGCCAGCUCCAGGAACGCCUCCGUGCAGGACGGCGCCAACACCCCGCUCAGCUCCACGUUCCAGCAGACGGCAGGAGGGAGGACGGGCCCCUACAAGGCCGCGGUCUUUGAGCUGACCCCCUGCAGCGACCUGCCCAGCUUGGACGCCGUGGGGGAUGUGGCCCGGGCCUCGGAGAUCCUGAAUGCAUACCUGAUCAGGGUGGGCGACAAUGCGGCCUGCCUGUCGGACCCUAACUUCCAGGGCCUCUGCAACCCGCCCCUGUCGGCGGCCACGGAAUACAGGUUCAAGUACGUCCUCGUCAAUAUGUCCUCGGGCUCGGUGCAGGACCAGACCCUGUGGUCGGACCCCAUCCGAACCAACCGGAUCACCCCGUACUUGGCGAUCGACACGUGGCCCGGCCGGCGGAGCGGCGGCAUGAUCGUCAUCACGUCCAUCCUGGGCUCCCUGCCCUUCUUCCUGCUCCUGGGCUUUGCCGGCGCCAUCGUCCUGAGCCUCGUGGACAUGGGCGGUUCUGACGGGGAAAUCACACACGACUCCCAGAUCACACAGGAGGCCGCCCCCAAGUCCCUGGGCACCUUGGAGCCUUCGUACGCCGCUGUGAACCGGGGGCUGCAGCUGGACAGGGCCGAGGUGUACGGCGGCAAGCUCCCGGACUGA